GAGGGACGUACCAGUCAGUGUUGAGCGUUUUUAAGUGCUUUUAUGAGAGACAUUUAUCAAUAAUGAAAAUAAAUUCGGACCUGUCAGUUACGCAGUAACAUAGAGACCUAAAUGUCUAAUCAUAUGUUUUCCGUACAGCAGUUUUAUGUUACGUGGAGGAGAAUUUGCUGUAAAAGUAAGAAGCUAACUCCAGUAGCUCUGAACUGGUUGUGGUCGUCCAACUGUCACGCUGGUUCUCGUGUUGUUUCUCUGCAAAGUAACCAAAAGGGAACCUCAAAUAAGCAGGUAACAAAAAGACACAAAAAAGAAAGAUCUUCAUGUCAAGCAGUACUUAAUCACUUUGACCAGCAGUACAGUGAGGAACUUGGAGACUUGUGGCCAUCUGCAAGACAUGUGCUCCUGGACCCUCCGUCUUGGCAGUAUGGUGUCAUGCUCAACCGCUUCAGCACUGUUACAGACAUCACACAGAUUCUUCAGUCCCAGGGCUUUUCCACAUUGCUGCCACAAACAAAUAUCUCAGUGUUGCUUUGCAAUGAUCCCUCCAUGGUGUCACAUUCUAAAUACCAUGAAGGAAAAGACACUCUGUUGUCAUCUGACUACAUCAACAAGCGCCCUCCUGAUAACUCCCUUCCUCAGCCUGGUCAGGACCCUCAGUCUGAACCCUCUCUCAGUUUGCCGCGUCCUUCAUUACAGUGUUACAUCCACCCAAGCCCACUGCGAUUUCCCUCUCAGGCUCACAGGCCUGGCCAGUUGAAGCAGUACUACCUCCUGAACGCUGCCUCCCUGCUUCCAGUGCUGGCUUUACAGGUCAGAGAUGGGGAGAAAGUUUUGGAUCUUUGCUCUGCUCCUGGUGGCAAAGCCUUAGCCAUAAUGCAGAGUGCCACGCCAGUGCUUCUCUGCUGUAAUGAACCAGAUCCUCACAGACGGGACUGGUUGGCCAAAACGUUGGAGUCUUUUCUGCCUCACUCACUAAACAGCAGAGUGAUUUUGUCCUCGCAAGAUGGACGGUCUUUUGGGCAAAGUGAAGCUGGUGUGUACGACAAGGUUUUAGUCGAUGCUCCAUGUUCAAAUGACAGGAGCUGGCUGUAUUCUUGCAGCAACCAGCAGGGGGAACAGAGGCUGAAGGAAAGAGCCAGACUGCCUGUGCUCCAGGCUCAGUUGCUUAGGUCUGCACUGUCAGCGGUGCGUCCAGGGGGCAUUGUUGUCUAUUCAACUUGCACACUGUCCAGCUUUGAGAACUGUGCUGUGAUUGAGACGGCCCUCAGUGACUUUCCUGAGGCUGAACCUGAAGACCUGUGGGAGGAGAUUGCUGUUCCUUUAUCAAAAUACUUUGCAUUUAGUUCUCACCCUGGUCAUGGACAGACACCUCACAAGCCCUCCCUGAAGCCACAGAAUGGCACCGUGUCCUCUUAUCAACACAGACUCGGCAUUCUAGUGGUCCCUCAGCCCGGCAAAACCUGGGGACCCAUGUUUUUGUCUCGGAUUAGAAGAAGGAAAUAGUCGGUAUCUUCCUGUGUGGAACAGAUAUGUGAAAUGAAACUGCAAAACUUACACAUUACCUCAAUGCAAAGCACCACUGUAAGAAUUUACAAUUCAGAUGCAGCGAACUCUGCACAGUGCCAAUCUGUGCCAUUUUGCAAAGGAGGGAAGUAAGAACAGCGGCAGUUUAGAUAUGUGGGUGUAAACAUGUUAGUGUCAACGAAUAUAUAUUUAUAUAAGUUAUAAAUGUUGUAGUUUUAACGAUGUAAAUACUGCAAGAAACGCAUUGUAUUAAUGCUUGACAGUGGGUGCACAUGCUCUUGAUUUGCUGGUGCUUGCACUGCCUUGAGAAGUUGAACAUUUCUUUACUUUCCCACGGUUGACCCACAAUUCAGUUUGGAAACUCUCUAUAUAACUCCAUUUAAAGUGAUGGAUAAGCAAGACAGUUGAAGCUUGAAACAUACGCCGAGUGUCGCAGCUACGGUUUUUAUUGUUUCUAUAGCCGCUAGCCUUUUUGUGUGUGGGUGUGUUACAUGAGAUUUUACAUUAAGCAAAUAAAAACAGAACAAUUCUCAAA